GAGUCAACAGAGCGGAAAGCUGCUUGCUAUUUUCCGAUUGGGCGGUGGGGAGCUCCCUUAGGCAGGUUCGCCUGGUUGUUUGUGGUGGGAUUGGUGUGUGGGGCUGUUAAUCCGGACCCCUCCCCAGCGCGGUGCAGCCGGCAGAUGAUUGAGGAGUAUUACAGUGGGGUGUGACCGUGCCCUGGUUUCCAGUUUCUGGAUUGUCACGGUGGAGGGAACUUGCAGCCAUGAGAAGAACCGGAGGCUGUGGGAGUGAUGUUCAGUGGUGUUUUACUCAAGUGAAAGGUACCACGGACCUUGAUGUUUCCGAAGCUGAUAUAAUUUCUACUGUAGAGUUCAAUCACACAGGAGAACUGCUGGCUACUGGGGACAAGGGGGGUCGAGUCGUUAUAUUUCAGAGAGAACAAGAGACCAAAAACCAGCCUCACCGUCAAGGUGAGUACAAUGUUUACAGCACCUUCCAGAGUCAUGAGCCUGAGUUCGAUUACCUAAAAAGCCUGGAAAUUGAAGAAAAGAUUAAUAAGAUCCGGUGGCUGCCUCAACAGAAUGCAGCCCACUUCCUCCUCUCUACCAAUGAUAAAACAAUUAAAUUAUGGAAGGUCAGUGAAAGGGAUAAGAGGCCAGAAGGUUAUAACCUCAAAGAUGAAGAAGGUAGAAUGAAGGAUCUGUCCACAGUUACAGUGCUGCAGGUGCCAGUGCUGAAACCCAUGGAUUUGAUGGUGGAGGUGACUCCACGGAAGAUCUUUGCUAAUGCUCACACCUACCAUAUCAACUCCAUUUCUGUCAACAGUGACUGUGAGACAUAUAUGUCAGCCGACGACCUCAGGAUUAACCUCUGGCAUUUAGGAAUAACAGACAGGAGUUUCAAUAUUGUAGAUAUUAAACCUGUAGAUAUGGAAGAAUUAACGGAAGUGAUCACAGCUGCUGAAUUCCACCCCCACCAUUGUAACCUGUUGGUUUACAGCAGCAGCAAAGGAACAUUGCGACUCUGCGACAUGAGGGCAGCGGCACUAUGUGACAAGCAUGCCAAAUUGUUUGAGGAGCCAGAGGAUCCCAGUAACAGAUUCUUCUUCUCUGAGAUAACCUCUUCGGUGUCUGAUGUGAAGUUCAGUCACAGUGGCCGGUACAUGAUGACACGAGAUUACCUCACAGUUAAAGUCUGGGAUCUGAACAUGGAAACCAAGCCUAUAGAAACAUAUCAGAUUCACGAUUACCUCCGGAGUAAGCUUUGCUCUCUUUACGAGAAUGACUGCAUCUUUGACAAAUUUGAAUGUGCAUGGAAUGGCUCAGACAGGUCAGUAUUCCUGAAUUUUCACUUAAUUCUAGGCAUCACAAUGUGA